UGCUGACUUUAAUCUUGCAUUAUUAAGCUGUGGUCUAGAAUGAUUUUUUUUCAGGGUGGUUCAUUUCCUUUUACCUAGAAAUCAGCUAUCAAAAAAUCUCUUCUCAAGGCCAUUACAGGUCCAGUGUGCCAUUUAGAUAGUUGGCAUCUUCUAGUGUCAAUGCCGAGUGGAAAAGUGGUGGAUCCACCCCAUUCCCUGAAACCUACAGAGGAGUGUUCUCUUGAUCAGGGUUUAACAAUUGAGGGGGAGUUGCCUGAGAAAGUGAACUGCUACGAGGGAGUGUUUUAUAAUUACUUCAGCAUAGGAAUGGAUGCUCGGGUUGCCUAUGGCUUCCAUCACCUACGCAAUGAAAAACCUAACCUUGCACAAGGUCCUCUUUCAAACAAGGUUUGACCUAAUCUUCAUAUUUCUUUAUAUAUGAAUUUGUAUAUGUUAAUUUCCUUGGAAAUACACCAUUAACUGGACUCUUAGUAGGAUUGAUUGGAGCUUAGUUCUUAACAAGGGGCAUAAUAGAAAAGCUGAAAAAAUAAAGAAUAGAAUUCUUUGAUUGUAUUUGUAUUUCGGGACAAACCAAAUUGGAAACCUUGACAAUAUGGUGGUUAGAGGGAGUAUUAAAUUAGGAUGAUGGUGGGAAAAGCGAUAUAUCAUUUUCGUAUGUUGCUAAAGCUCUGUUCUCAACACAUUGGUACCAUACUGUAAAAUUGCUGGUACAAAACUGUUAUUUUUAAAUUGCAAAAAAUUGAAAAA